AUGUCAGCCAGAAAGGGCUAUCUGCUCCCUUCGCCAAAUUAUCCCACAACAAUGUCAUGCUCGGAGAGCCCCGCCGCGAACUCUUUUUUGGUCGACUCGCUCAUCAGCUCGGGCAGAGGCGAGGCUGGCGGUGGUGGCAGCGGCGCGGGGGGCGGUGGCGGCGGCGGCGGCUACUACGCCCACGGCGGGGUCUACCUGCAGCCGGCCGCAGACCUGCCCUACGGGCUGCAGAGCUGCGGGCUCUUCCCGGCUCUGGGAGGCAAGCGCAAUGAGGCGGCGUCGCCGGGCGGCGGCGGCAGCAGCGGGGGCCUGGGUCCCGGGGCGCACGGCUACGCGCCCGCACCUAUAGACCUGUGGCUGGACGCGCCCCGGUCGUGUCGGAUGGAGCAGCCCGAGGGGCCGCCGCCGCCGCCGCCCCAGCAGCAGCCACCGCCCCCGCCGCAACCACCCCAACCCCCGCCGCAGGCCACCUCGUGCUCUUUCGCGCAGAACAUCAAAGAGGAGAGCUCCUACUGCCUCUACGACUCGGCGGACAAAUGCCCCAAAGGCUCCACCGCCACAGCCGAGCUGACCCCCUUCCCGCGGGGCCCGCCGCCCGACGGCUGCGCCCUGAGCACCUCCAGCGGGGUGCCAGUGCCCGGCUACUUCCGCCUCUCCCAGGCCUAUGGCACGGCCAAGGGUUACGGCAGCAGCGGCGGCGCGCAACAGCUCGGCGCCGGCCCGUUCCCCGCUCAGCCCCCCGGGCGCGGCUUCGAUCCGCCACCCGCGCUCGCCUCGGGCUCAGCGGAUGCAGCCCGGAAAGAGCGAGCCCUCGAUUCACCGCCGCCCCCUACGCUGACUUGCGGUGGCGGCGGCGGCGGCGGGGGCUCACAGGGCGACGAGGAGGCGCACGCGUCGUCCUCGGCCGCAGAGGAGCUCUCCCCAGCCCCUUCCGAGAGCAGCAAAGCCUCGCCCGAGAAGGACUCCCUGGGCAAUUCCAAAGGCGAAAACGCAGCCAACUGGCUCACGGCAAAGAGCGGCAGGAAGAAGCGCUGCCCCUACACCAAGCACCAGACGCUGGAGCUGGAGAAGGAGUUUCUGUUCAACAUGUACCUUACUCGAGAGCGGCGCCUAGAGAUCAGCCGCAGCGUCCACCUCACGGACAGACAAGUGAAAAUCUGGUUUCAGAAUCGCAGGAUGAAACUGAAGAAAAUGAACCGAGAAAACCGAAUCCGGGAGCUCACAGCCAACUUUAAUUUUUCCUGA